ACCAAGUAGUGACCCGGAAGUGAACCAUUUGAUUCGAUGUCCGUCUGUCGUCGGGACUGCUGCAUGGUUCCAUCUGAGCAGGGGCCACUGGCGCCCCCCUUUAAUACUCAAGAUGGAGGCUCGUCAUGGGAUCAUGAAGGCUUUCCCCAAAGUUAAAAGGGCCAAAGUACUACAGGGAAAGGAUGCACCACCGCUGAAGAAGAAGGCGGAUGAAUGCAAUGUUACAGGAGACACUUUUAAUGGAGUCACAGUGUACAUCCUGCCUGCUGGAAUUGGAAGUGCCAGAUGUCAGAUUUUUCAAAGACAAAUUCAGCAGAAUGGAGGACAGACGGAGAGUUCACUGUGUCCCGCUGUCACUCAUGUUGUUGUAGAUGACAACAUGGACAGUGACAGGGCUCUGCGCCUACUGAAAGUGGAUUGUAUGCCCUCUGGAGUCCAACUGGUGAAAUGCACUUGGUUGAGCAUGUGCAUCAAUGAGAAACAACUCUUGGAUGUAGCCAACUACAGUCUUCUUUCAUCCAAGAGGGAUCCUGAAACUCAACUUGAAAAUGUUAAAGAAGAGUUGCCGAGUGUCAACCCUUCAGCUAUUGUUGAACCAAUGUCUCAUCAAACCAAGCAAGAGGAGACUAUAAACAUGACUGGACCAGAAACCAAAGAUGAAUUGCAAGCAGAAGAAGAUGGCGUCUCUCACAGUGACAUGGAAGCGCUCAUCACUGGCCAGCACCCCAAAGAGGAGAUGCCUGGCCCCAGCCUCGACCCCGGUCCGGACUCUGUGGCUCAGAAGGCAGCCUCAGGAAAGUGGGUCUGUGCCCAGUCCUCUCAAUCCAAAAGUAAUAACUUCAACAAGCACAUCACAGACAAACUAGAAGUGCUGGCCAAGGCCUACACACACCAGGGGGACAAGUGGAGGGCGCUGGGCUACUCCAAGGCUGUCAACGCACUGAAGAGUUACCACAAGCCUAUUACAUCAUAUCAGGAGGCUUGUCAAAUUCCCGGAAUCGGAAAACGAAUGGCGGACAAAAUCGAUGAGAUUAUGGAGAGUGGACAUCUCCGGAAGAUUGAUCACAUUGGGGAGGCUGUGCCAGUACUGGAGCUUUUCACUAACAUUUGGGGUGCGGGAGCUAAAACUGCACAACUGUGGUACCAACAGGGAUUUCGCACUUUGGAGGACAUCAGCACAAAAGCCCACCUGAGCAACACUCAGAAAAUAGGACUCAAGCACUACGAUGACUUUCUGGACCGUAUGCCCCGAGAAGAAGCAGGAGCCAUAGAGAAAGUGGUGAGAGAUGCCGCCCAUGCUAUAGACCCAGGACUGGUGGCGAUGGCCUGUGGCUCCUACCGUCGGGGAAAAGCCACAUGUGGAGAUGUAGACGUACUCAUUACUCACCCAGAUGGCAGGUCACACAAGGGGAUUUUCAGCAAAGUGUUACAGAGCCUCCAUGACAGUGGGUUUUUGACAGACGACCUGGUGAGCCACGAGGAGAAUGGAGAGCAGAAGAAAUACAUGGGUGUGUGCCGUUUGCCAGGACAUGGCCACCGCCAUCGCAGGCUGGACAUCAUCGUCGUGCCCUACAGCGAGUUCGCCUGUGCUCUCAUGUAUUUCACCGGGUCGGCACACUUCAACCGCUCAAUGAGAGCCAUGGCAAAGACGAAAAACAUGAGUUUAUGUGAGCACUCGCUGAACGAAGCUGUGGUGCGUCAGGGAACUUUAAAGUUGUAUGGCGGCACUCCGCUUCCUACACCGACAGAGAAGGAUGUUUUCAAUCUUUUAGGCAUACCGUACAGGGAGCCCAAUGAAAGGGACUGGUGAUCAUUUGUCAACCACAAUGCCAUGUUGAAUUUUAAAGAAAAAUAAUCAUGAAUGAAUGAGAAAAGUCAAUCAUGAUCACAUUAGAGACCUGUUUGCCUUGAAAAUGUUAUUACAAUAUUAUUUUCUUUUAUUAUAAAAAGGUUAAAGCUCAAAAACCUAUUUUCUGACUUCACUGCAUCUGUCAGGUUGUUUCAGUUAUAUAUGCCAAGGUUUUUGAGAUGUCCAGGCCUGACACUACUGUGAGUCCAAAAAAAUUAUUGAAGGGAAAUGUGUUGUAGAUGUCAUAGCCUUUCAAAGUAAUUUAAAGUAAUUUUAAAGUAAAUUUUAGUAUAGUGUGUGCAUAUGUAAGUUUUAUUGGUGGGGGGUUGGUGUAUAGGUCACCUGGCAGGUUGGAAUCAAACCAGGCUGCCCCCCCCAAAAAAAUACAAGAGUAACUCUAAACCUUAGAUCUCAUUUCAUUUUUUUUUUUAAGGUCCCUUGCUUGGAUUAAUAAAAAAAGCUUGAAUAGAUAAAUCCUGGAUCCACCACUUUGUCCUGAUCCACCCCAAAAUGUGACGUUUUCUUUCUUGGUCCAUUUCCCAUUCUGUCAACAAGUUUUGUGGAAAUCUAUCUGGUAGUUUCGUUUUUUCCACAUAAUCCUUCUGAAAAACAAACCACCAAACAAACAGGAGUGAAAGCAAACUCUUUGGCUGAGAUCACUAUCAGCAUGUACAUCUAGAGCAAAGUGGAAUACUAUGUGGUUUUACAGGUUGAGUGAACUGGAUCCUUAACAACAUUUCAAAAUAGGAAGUGGUGGUGUAUUUUUAUUCUGAGCGAUGAUAUUAAAACAAUGAAAGGGAACAGUAGA